GCAGGGGUGGAAAAACGUGUGUAUGUAGAAGACCCUCGCCCCUCCGGGAGGGAGAAGGUAUAAAAAUCUCAUCUGAGAGUGAGGGCGAGAAGUAAAGGGCAAAUGUGGGAGAAGGGGGCAACGCAGAUAUGGGAGAUAAGGCUCAGGCCUCUGACGAGGAAGGAGCCAACAGGGGCGAACAACGGGAGACUUGGCAUGGGGAAAGCGAGGGGAGGCAGGACAUGCGUGACGAGCAUGAGAAGGGUGAGGAGAGAAGGGAAAGCCCGCUUGAAGGACGAAGCAACCACGACAGUUGUGAGGGGUAUGGGACAAGGACAAAGAUUCCUUAUAAAUACGAUUCAAAGAACCUAACGAGAGGGUAUAGCCCCAUACAGACGGAGGACGAGGAGGACGAGGAGGACGAGGAGGAGGAUGUACAAGAAAUCAUAGAAAUCAGCAGCGGGGAUGAGAGGGAUGAAAUAUCGAGGCCUAGGGACGAGAGGCGGCCUCCGAUGCACCAGCCGCGCGAAGAGGCUUUCAGAUGGGAGGAUGAGUUUGGGCCGACGCCCAGUCAUUGGUUUCAGAAAUCGACCAAUGUGAUCAAGCACGAAUGGAUCAUCAAGACUCGGGAACUCGCAAAGGCAGGGGUGGAAGCCACGCCGUUGGACUUUUUCAGUGAGGCAGAGUUCCAGGAAAUUGCAAGGAAGAGGAGAGAAAUCGAGACCUUCUGCCUGAGGGUUAGAAAGCCUGUCGGGGAACAGGGUGGACAAGGAAUCGAGCAAGUUGAGGCACAAGGCAGCAAUAAAAAUUAGAUGUUGAUUAAGUGUUGAACAUGAAUCCUGCUUGUCAUUUACAAAACAUUGAACCAAAAUAUGAAUAG